AUGGCAAAAAGUCUCCCCGAGUUGCUGCGAGAGGCAGCAAAUUUAAUAGAAGAAGCUCUAAACAGAACUUCUCAGCCUCCGGUGGCGGCUCAGUCGCUUCAGAUACCUGCUACACCCUCUAGAACACCUGUCCAAGCCGAGAUAGCGAGGCUCUUUGCGCCAUAUAAUGGUGGUGGAGCUAAUAGAGGGAAUAGGGCAAGACGACCAGCAGUUCAAAUCAGCCGAAGAAGCUACACACACACAGUCUGCUGUUUGGCUGAACACAAAGCGGAUAAAGUUCCAAACACAACUCUUAAAGCAGACCUCCUUGCUUCAGGACUUGGAGAGCAAAAAAUAACAAUUACAGGGAAUGACACUGAUCCCAUGGUGUUAACAAAUAAACUGAUGGAAGUAUUUCCCAAGCUCCAAGACGGAGGAGGUUUUGAACUUCUAAAGAUUUCAGGAUCUACUCGCAGUCGAAAUCUUGCAUUGCUUCCAUGUCCCAGCUCUGGAUACACUCUUGCCUAUCUAAAAGAUCCAUCAACGAUGAUUGGACAGGCUACUAUCUACAUACGUCCACUUCAACAGGAUCUACCCAUAGAUUGUGAGGAGGGCUCACAUCAUGCCUCCGGGCCAGACAUCCCCUGCCUCACUUGUGAAAAGGCAGUUCCUUUUUCGGAAAUGAAGGUUCACAGACUGAGCUGCAAUGGAAUGGAAGCUUAUUAA